AUGAGCUGCAAAUUCGACUCCAAGUUCAAAAGAAAACCAGUGAGAGGGUCGCUUGAGAAAGCGAUGGAAGAGAAUGAACGAUUACGCCGGCUUGUUAACACAGAAACGACGCCUGUUAAAUCAGAUCUGGACGCUAAUUUACCAGGAGGGCAUGCCUUGCCACCUGUGCAAAAGGAUCAAGAGCCCCCUUUGCCGAGUAGCUUUACCUGGGAAUUACCACAAGCCCAGCUACUCGAAGAAGUUGAAUUAGAUGGCUUGACUAUCCGAGACCUCUUUGAACACUUUGCUCGUCAUUAUUUCCAUCACCUUCCCAUUCUGGAUUUGACAAAGUCGAUAGAUUCUAUCAGGAUCGUAAGCCCUCUUCUUUUCUGGACGAUAAUUGUCAUUGCGUCCAGAAAGCACCCCCUACAUGGCGACCUCUCCCGUGUGCUCAAGGAGCCAUUUCUUCGAAUAUUGGCGAAUAGUAUGAUUCGAUCAGUUCGCAGCAUUCACACUAUUCAAGCCCUCCUGCUCCUUUGUCUGUGGCCGUUCCCCGUAGAAACCCAGCUGGACGACCCAAGCUGGGAGUACUGUGGAAUAGCCGUUGCUGCUGCCUUGAAGAUGGGCCUAGAAGGCUCUCCAGUGAACUGGGGUCAGCCCGUUCGACCGAGCCCAGAUGAGCAUACUUCGCGGUUAAAAACGUGGCUCGGGUGCUUUGUAGUUAGCACAAACCUGGCGGCUUGUCUGUCGCUGCCUCCCCCAAUGGCCUCCGUUGCUUCCUUAAUGCCUAGAGUUCGCGACUCUAUCAGGAGCAGCCUCCCAGAAGAGUUUUUAGCGCUUUUGGAAAUCCAAGCCUAUUCAAUCCGAGCUACUUCGCUGCUGAACGACCAAGUCAGCAGUACAGCCCAAAGAUCAUUCAUAGAGCUUCUUGACAGUGAUUUGGACGCUAUUGAAAGUCGUAUGCCGAGAGGAAUCUAUGCAUCACUUCAGAUUAGCAUAGUUGCAGCACGGCUUAGGCUGUAUUCGCUACCGCUGCUUUCGCGAACCUCACACAAGACCGCGAAUGAUGGCCCGGACGCUCUUACAAAGGCAACGUGGUACAAAGGCUUCCAUGCAGCCAUGAAGCUUGUGGAUACGUUUUCUGGCUGGGCUCAGUCAAGCCAAGAAGGUAAUCUUGAGUCGACAACCGAGUCGUUCGUCACCCAUUUUCCAAAGCAAUAUUUAUCUGCACUUGUAAUGGCAGGGAUGUAUUUUAUCAAUUUGCUGGCUAUUGACACCAAUAUAUCGAUACACGACAAGCUUCUCGCCCGGAACCAUAUCAAAAAGGCGUAUGAGACACUGACUGCCCAGUCGACAGAGGAAAGGGAUGAGCCUUAUCGAGCGGGAAAAGCAAUUGAAUUCCUCUCACGCCAUAUCGAGGCACAGGGCGUAUGCAUGGAACUGCGCCAGCCUGGCGAGGGAAAUCGACCUUUGAGCAUAAUAAACAGCGGGAUGAGAAUGGUGGGGCACUUUCGAAGCCAGCUAGGUUCUCAGGAGUCGAACGUCGCUGAAGACUCACCCGCCGGGGUUUCGGAUCUACCAGCGUUGGAAGACUUUACCGAUCUACCACCAUUCGGAGACGACUUGUUUGAAUGGAAUUCCUGGUUCGCUGGUAUGGAUAACAUCAGCACAUUGUUCCAAAUGCCAGCCACAACUCCUUAG